AUGGCGCUCCUCGUGUGUUGUCUUUUUGCACUCAUAGUGAAAAAUAUUGUGUGUAGUGGUGAUAAUGAAUUAUAUAAAUACGCCAACCAAACGGAUCCUGCCACUGAGCAGCUUGUUGAAUUCGCAAAAGAACAUCCGCAAGACUCGGCGCCGGGUCAUAAAGCUCGAUCCAUGCAAGAAGCCAAAGGUUUAGAACAAGGCUUAGAAAAUCUACCAGACGAUGUAGCGCAAGAGAUUUCAGCACGGGACCCUGAUUAUUAUAAUCGUGAUCUAUACAAUGCUAUCGAGAACAAAAGCUAUCCUGCAUGGGAAUUAGAAAUGGAUGUUCUGACUUUUGAAAAUAUAAAAAAUAUUAAUUAUAAUAAAUUCGAUGUUACCAGAUUGUGGAAAAAGGAUACAUAUAUUAGGAUGAAAGUUAGUCGUCUAAUUUUUAAUAAAAAUCCUGAUAACAUGUUUAGAGUGUCUGAAUUGAGUGCAUUUAAUCCAGGUAAUUUAGUACCGGGUAUAACUGGACCUGUUGAUACAUUUUUUAGAAGUAGACGUUCAUCGUAUCGGGAGACACAGCUGUAUCGUUUAGGUGCUAACCAUAACAGAAUAAAUGUUAAUGUUCCAUGGCAUUGGAAUGUUUACGAUCGUGAUGGUCCACCACCAGUAAAGGGUAAUAUGAAAGAUGCACCAAACUAUUACCCGAAUUCUUUUCAUGGACCUGUACCAUAUGUUGAUCCAAUCCGACCCAAAGAAAGAUUUUUAGUGUAUGAAGCUAAUGUAGUCGAUUUAGAGCCUGUAAAUUAUUUCUUUAAUCAUAUUUUAGAUUGUGAACAAAGAGAAAGGCUUCUAAACAAUACGAUACCUACGUUACUACCAGUUUCUCCAAAGUUACGUAGAAGGGCAAUACGUUUGUUUACCUUAAGUGACCCCAUAUUAGGCAAGAAAUUGACAGAAGGACUUGAACGAGCAUUGCGAAUGCCUCUGCCUCCUUCACCUGAGGUAUUAAAGGCUCCGUCAUAUCAACAAGAAAAUCAA